AUGGGCUUACUCCUAAGCCCAUUUACAAGCCCACGGAUCAUUUGCCCUCAGCCAGAUCCUCAACCUUCAACCCUUCGCCUUCGACCAUCAGCCUUCGGCCCUCAGCCUUCGGCCAUCAGCCUCCGGCAUUCUUCCUCCUCUCCUUGGUUUGGCGCCGUUUGUGGGAAACGACACGAAGGGCUAUGUCGUUCUCCUUCUCGAGUGCCCUCGGCACCCUACAACAAAGUGCCUCUCAGCACUCCUACAAUCGGCCCUCAGCCUUCGACCUUCGGCAACCUUGCAUCAUUCGGCGCGUACGAUGUCUUCACAUCCCCCCAAUGA